AUCCGGGAGCGCCAGGGGCCCGGGAGGUCGCGCGGCUGGUGUCGCGCCAGGUUUUGCUCUGUGGUGCUGUCUCACCGGUGAGGCUGAGAAGCCGGCAGUGAGUCCGGGCCCUGUCGAACCUGCAGCUCCUGGCCUCCUGCCACCAUGGAGUACCUCAUCGGUAUCCAGGGCCCCGACUAUGUCCUUGUCGCUUCUGACCGGGUGGCCGCCAGUAAUAUUGUCCAGAUGAAGGACGAUCAUGACAAGAUGUUUAAGAUGAGUGAAAAAAUCUUGCUCCUAUGUGUUGGAGAGGCUGGAGACACUGUACAGUUUGCAGAAUAUAUUCAGAAAAAUGUGCAACUUUAUAAGAUGAGAAAUGGAUAUGAAUUAUCUCCCACAGCAGCAGCUAAUUUCACACGUCGAAACUUGGCUGACUGUCUUCGGAGUCGGACCCCGUAUCACGUGAACCUCCUUCUGGCUGGCUAUGAUGAGCAUGAGGGGCCAGCGCUCUACUACAUGGACUACCUAGCAGCCUUGGCCAAAGCCCCUUUUGCAGCCCAUGGUUAUGGUGCCUUCCUGACUCUCAGUAUCCUCGACCGAUACUACACACCAAACAUCUCACGUGAGAAGGCAGUGGAGCUUCUUAGGAAAUGUCUGGAGGAGCUCCAGAAACGUUUCAUCCUGAAUCUGCCAACCUUCAGCGUUCGAAUCAUUGACAAAAAUGGCAUCCAUGACCUGGAAAACAUUUCCUUCCCUAAACAGGGCUCCUAACAUCAUGCCCACCCUCCCACUUGCGAGGCAACUUUUUAUGAUGGGCUCCUUUAUUUUUUUCUACUCUUUUGAAGUGCACUCUUGAUAGAUGGUUAAUUCAGAAUAAAGCUGAAUAUGGAUAAACUGA